AGUUAGAGGCGGCAGACCUGCCAGCCAGCCAGAGCCAGCUGCCAGUUGCCGACUAGGCAGCCACCAGAACAGGUCGAUCCCACGGUCGUCCUCCGCGAUUGCUGGUGAAUUGUGGCGAGAAGCGCAACAAGUGCUUAUCUCGGAAUCAUUCCUCCAAGACGAGGCGAUUGUUAGUCCUCCGGUUUACCUACGUUGACCCUUUUUGUUAAACCGAAAAUGCUUUUUCUUUAUUUUGAAACACUUACGUAUUUAGUGUUGCGAGUCACGCUGAGUGGUUAUUUUUCAUCAUAGGAGACUGACUCUCAUCUCAUCGGCAAGGAUAUACUACUACUACUACUACUACCAUUCACAGACGUUGCUCGUGUCUCAGAGAUAACCUGUUUUUUUUUUUUUAUCUCACAAUCUGGAGUCGCAACUGCUACGGUCACUGACGCCACUUUCAAUGACCAUUCAUAAUAAAUGUACGACCGGUGAAAUGAAGGAAUCAUCAUCGACGUAAAAAGCUUCAAGUUGUCACGAAGAAUUACAACGAUGACGCGAAUACCGAAGAAAUUGUUUUGACGGACUCUUUUAAAGUCGCUAUUAUUUCUAUGAUUAUCUACGACAAUAGCUAAAGGCAAAAGCCCUCACGAGCGAUGGCGCGAGUGGACGGAAAAGGCGACCCUUCGACCUCGCGCCCUCCAGUGUUCGCUACAUCGCCGUUACCUGCGCAGGAGGGGGAGGAGGGAGGUGAAGUCAGCCCCACCGGCGUCGACGCCACCGUUGCCCUAGUGGUGCCCACGACGGAAGAGGGACUGGUCGCCCAGGCGCCGCCAACGAGAUAUCUCAAGUUCACGCCCAUGGAUGAGUUGAACUACCCUGACGAUGACAGAUCCCAAGAAUACCCACAACAGAUCCCGAAGCAUCAGUUCCCAGAGGUGGUCGUGUCCCCUGGAGUAGCCCGAGUCAGCUCCAACAUCUACCCUGGCAAGGUCCCAAGCGACGGUCCCGGAGGGGGGGGACGAAGCAGCGUCAGUCACACAGGGGGGCGGGAGGGCAACUUCCACAAGGUGCCCUCCCCGCCGGUCGUGUCCGUGGGAACCGUCACCGUCAGAGCCGAGGAAAUCGCCCUGGUGCUGGUGGUCCUCAUGCUGUGGGCGGGAGCCAUAACUCUCUUCAUAAACAGAUGGGGCAAACUACGAAUGCUGGAACCUUACCAGCCGGCAUACACGGCCCCAUCCCCCCCUCCCCCUAGACCCACCCCGGCCCAAUUGGGCCCUUGCAUCAACAUCAACAUUCAGAGUACGUCUGACCUCACACUGUGCGAGGGAGGCGCCGUCGGGGGGAGAUACGACUGGGGCGCCCCGGAGAUCUACGGGCGGGGAUCCUUGGCCGGGGGGUACCUCGGACUGUCGAGGUCGCCCUCGGCUCUGAGCGUGAAGAACCUCGACCCGCAGAGGAAGGUGAAGAGCGCCGUGGAUCUCGUGUCCCUGGUGAUGCAGGAGAAGAUGUCCUCGGGGCUUCACCUGGCCGCCACCAACGUUUGAAAAUAAUCUGAGGGAGCCGAAUCCACGAGGAAACCAACGACACAGAGGUUUAAGUUAGACCUCAUGUGUGGUUGGUGAUGUACGGAUGAUGCUUUUGUUUUUUUUUUAUUAGUGUAUCAAAAGUGUAUAAAGUUGAAAGAACAAGAGACGAGAUAUAAACGCAGAAAACAAACUAUACUAACGAGGAAGAAUGUGAAGAAAAGCAAAGAAUCUAAGUUUACGUUAACUUUCUGGCUUCAUAAAAUGGAAACGAAUAAACCAAAAUAAAGUAUAAAUUACGUCAAAGAAAAUGAAACGCAAAGGCUACCGGGUACAUGAUUUCGAAUUUAAUUAUGAUAUUUACAUGACAGAUUAAACAAUUCAUGCAGAAAAACAGAUGUAACUUUUCAAGUGAUAUGAUACCGACAGUAUAUUUACAAAAACCAAUGACGUGGUUAAAAAUAUUCAAA